UAUAGCAUAAACUUGUAACUUCGUGUUGCAGAAGCCUGCUUCACAGCGAGCGAUAAUAGCGGCAAAGAGAAAAAUGGAAGCAUUGAGGUUCUACAAUAACGGUGCCGCCAAGACGGAUCAAGAGAAUAACCGAACGCAGAAACCCUAGGAACCUACCUAUAACCUCUGAUACAAUCCGUUUUCAAUCUCUCUCGUACGUAUUUCUAGUUUGAGAAAAAUUGUUAUUCAUUCAGUAUUUGAUGGAUCCGGAGUCUAAGAGCAAAACUGGUGAAAAUGCCCCUAGGAAGGUUAAAUUUGCUCCAAAAGGUCCUCCUCGCAGAGCAAAGCCAGCUGUGCCUAAAGUUGAGAAGGUUGAAACUGUGGAUACUGGUGACGCUCAGGCACAGGAAUUGUUGCGACGCUUCAAUGAAGCUGCUGGAAAGGUGAAGUCUAAAGCUGAAAAGAAAGUGGCACCUACACAAGUUGCAUUUGGUUUUGGAGGUGCAUCCACUCCCUUAAAAUCAUAUGGUUCACCAAGGGGUGGCAUUGGUAACAGACAUGGUGGUCCAGCUUCUGGGGAUGGUGUUGCACCUUCCUCAGGCUUAAGAGUGGAGAAAGAGUACAAGGAACCAUGGGAUUAUUACAGUUACUAUCCCGCAACUCUUCCAUUGAGGAGGCCUUAUUCUGGAAAUCCAGAACUUCUUGAUGAAGAGGAAUUUUGUGAGGCUUCUGAAAGCAUGGACUAUGAUGAAAAUUCAACAAAUCCUGGUGUUGAGCUAGGCUUAAUGGAGGAAAAUCUAGAAGCAAGUAUGCUCUUCCUUCAAUUACCAGCAACCAUGCCUAUGAUAAAGCAAUCUGAUAACAAAGAGGUGCAGGGUAUGGCCAGCAGCUCGAAACCAUCUAAACGUAGAGGUCCUUCAGAAGAUGCCUGUGGUUUGGCUGAGCUACCUGCCGGUUAUAUGGGCAAAAUGCUGGUGUACAGCAGUGGUGCUGUCAAGCUGAAGCUUGGUGAUACCACUUAUGAUGUUUCUGCAGGUCUAGAUUGCGUGUUUGCACAAGAUGUUGCUGCCAUCAAUGUAGAAGAGAAGCACUGUUGCAUUGUUGGGGAACUCAGCAAGCGGGCCAUUAUAACUCCAGAUGUGGACUCCAUCUUAGAUACUAGCUCUGAUUUAUUAUAGUCAUGCUUACCUGCUCCCAACAAGAUAGAAUAAGUAGAAGAAUGGCACGCAAUUUCAUUUGUUCUGGUGAAAGGUUGUCACAGUCUAGGUACAUUCAUUUAGAUUUCCAUUAUACAUUCAAAAUAAAGUUAGAGAAGUUUUAGCAGUGAUUCUUACAAGGAAGAGGGAGAAAUAACAGUUCUAUAAAUAAAAGAUCUAUACCGUCUAUUUUCUUUUACUUGGAAGAUCUUGU